CCGUUUUAGGCUUUCCGUAGGCUUCGUGUCUCUUUCGCCCACACAUCGGCCAUGGCUUCCUUCCUUUUGCGCCGAUCCAAAUCCCUACCUCUCCAUCGCUUCCUCCUCCGACCGUCGGCAUUGAGCGAGUCCUUCGCUUCCGAACAGUGCCGCCGUGGCGUCAUCUGCGUUGCUUCCCGCCCGUUGUCUGGUGCCGGAUCCGCUGAUCUCAGACCGGAUCGCGCCGCACAAGCUUCUCCUGGACUCGCCCCGCCUAAGGUGAUCGGCUGCCUUGGAUCAGGAAAGAUUUCUGUCUAUGGCAAGAUUCUCCCAAAUUGCACUUUUAGUUCACUAUGGUAUAAUCCACCAUUGGUGGCUCGUUCCUUGCACACGAAAGCAGAUGUUGGAGAAAUUAAUACUCAAGGGAACAAUUUGAACUCUCAAGAGAAGAAUGAUAAAGAUUCAAAGGUACUUGCUUUCAGUCCACUUGAGGGCACCCUUGCACAUGGAAGGAAUAGUGUAUUAGUUCAUGAAAGAUUGAAGCUAAAGAGCAUGGAGCUCUCCAUAAAGACUACAUAUGCACUUAUACCACUAUUGCUACUUGUAUCAAAAUCAAAGUUAACUACCUCGCUGCUCAUCUUGUGCACAUACUGGCAAAUAUAUGGAUUUUACAAGGAGAUCUUUCUGGAUUACGUUCACCAUGAAGUUACAAGGAAAUGGGUCUUGAUAUAUUUCAAGCUGCUGCUGCUCAUUUUGGCCAAGGAUACCAUCCUUGCUUUCGAUCUAGUAUGAUUGCCAAUCCUAUGACUUUCUCAACCAAGUAUUGUUUCUCGCAAUUUCCUUUUCUGUUAAGUAUGGUUUGUGAAGGCAUUCGGAGGUUAAUGCUCGACAAAUUUAUAAUUAAUUACCUGAUGAGUACUCAAUUUUCAUGGCGUUGUGGUGUCAGAUGGUAGCCUUUUAAUAAAUUCACAGUUGAAUCCAGUUUUGUUA